UCAUACUAUAUGUCCUUUCGAGAACCAAGUUAGUCAAGUCAGUCGUUUCGUGACGCUCUUAUUAAACACUUCGUCAACGUGAUAAACACCAACAAUAAAAAUCUUGUGAUUCAUUCAACCAUGGCCAAAAUUUAUUUCAUCACGAUCAUCACUUUGAUCUUCACCAUUAUUCAUACAACAAUGGCAGACGAAUGGGAUAAUCCACAAGUUUUUUUUAAUAAAAAAUCAGAAAAUAUAACAUGGGCGCAUGCUGUCAACAGUCAACAAAAAUUACAAGAGUCACUCUCAAAUGAUGCAAUUAUGAUGCUAGAAGCUGAUGUGUCGUUGAUAGAUGGUAAUGAUAGUACACCAAUGAUGGCACAUAGUUCAAAAGACAAAAGUGAUUUAUCAUUGGAAAAAUUUAUCGAGACAGUUAUUAUUAGUAAUAAUAAAACAAAAAAAGGUAUUAAACUUGAUUUCAAGACUAUUGAAGCUUUUAAUGCUAGUCAUGCAGUUCUACAAAAACAAGGGCCAAAUAUGACAUUCCCAGUAUUUUUAAAUGCUGAUAUUCUUAAAGGACAUUUAAAUGCAACAAAAACUCCAGUUGAUGCAGAUGCAUUUUUAACUAGUGCAGUAAAAAUUCUUCCAAAAAGUAUUCUAUCAAUUGGUUGGACAACACCAGAUACAAUGAAAGGUUUGAAAGCUAAUGAAAGCUACACAAAAGAAAACAUUGAUGCUAUGUUGGAAAAAAUAAAAAUGAUAACUUCAACUCAACCGAUAACUUAUCCUGUACGAGCAAAUCUUGCUGUCAAUAGUAUAUCAGUGUUAUCAGAUUUAAUAGAAAAAUCAAAAAAUAACAAUGCAUCAUUGACAAUUUGGACAGCAAAAGAUGAUACAUUUAAUAAAACAUUAUUAGACAAAUUAAUAAAAGACAUUGGUAGUGACAAAGUUUACGUUGAUUUACCAACAGAUAAACCAAAAUCAUCAGCUAUUCGUUUUGGAGCAAAUACAAUCGGAAUUACAUUAACACUAUUAUUAGUCAUCAAUGGACUUUUUUAAAUUUA